CCACUUUGGCUCACAGGGGCGCGCUGCGUUUUUUUCUCCAGCGCCGCGCUGCAGCACGGACCCACGGUUGCGCAGAUCCAGGGGGUCGGUCAGGGCUCUCGGGGCGAUGGGCUGUGCGGAAAGCAGCACGGCGGUCGUGGCCCGUUCUCGCAAGCCAGCGCCGAGGGAUGAUGCGCUCGUGGACUACCUCCUCUCCCGGCGCGGCGGCGCCGCUCACAGCGCGACGAGCCCGAGACUCUCGGGGGAAGUCGGAGUUGUCGGCCUUGACGGGGCAGCCAAGUGCGAUCUGGACGGCGACGCGAUGAGGACCCCGUGCUGCUGCGAGGACCCGGAGCUGACGACGCUGAAGCUCGAGAAGAAAGACGGGGCGGGCGCGUACGGCGUGCGCCUGGUCUACGCGGAGGACAGCAGGGAGGCCGGCCUGAUGAUCAUGCUCAUCGCCAAGGGAGGUGCGAUGAGCCAGUGGCUCGAGCGGCACCCCUCGGCGGUCGUGGCCCCUGGCGACAGCAUCGUCUCCGUGAACGGCGUCACGGCGCCGUGGGCGAUUUUGGAGGAGAUGGCCAAGUCACUGGCCGUCGAGAUGGUCGUCCGCCGCGCCGCGCCAGGGGCGAUGGCUGUCCUGUCGCAGUGCUGCGUCACGGACCGGAGCCUCAGGUCCACCGCGCUCGUCGUGAAGCGCACGGUCCGGGCCGGCGACAUCUCGAUGGACUCCUGCGCCAUCUGCAUGGAGGACGUGGAGAGCGAGGAGCGGGUCGUGGGCCUGCCCUGCGGCCACGGGUUCCACCACGGGUGCAUCGUGCGGUGGUUGGCGUUCCACGGCUCCGGUGGCUGUCCGCUCUGCAGGGAGGUUGUUGAUUGA